CCAUUUAUUCGCUGAACAAGAGAGCUAUGAUCUUCAUCAGUUCCCUCCAAAUUUAUUCUCAUGCGCCUGCUUCUGACAAGUUCUUGCUUAAUUCUCUUCAUAAACUUCUGGAUCCUGUUUAUCUCAUGAACAGAGAGGUACUGAAUCAGUUCAUUGCCUGAAAUCUCGUUGAGCUUCUUUUCUCUUAGGUCUUCGCAGAUCGAAAUCAAGUGAUUGAAAUCAUUUUUGUAUUGGGCUUGAGCCAUUUCAGAGAUGUAAUUCUUUCUGUUUCUAUUGGGUAUCCAAAGAUAUCUUCUUAUUGGAAGAAAGUUCUUGAGAAAUAUCAAUUUUAGAAAUUUUAUCCAUCCUGAAGUGAUCACCUUGUUUAGCUUUGAAACUGUUUUGCCUGAUCUGGGGCUCCUUGUACACCGUUCUUGGCUUGGAUUUGAAAGAUUCCUCAAAUGCUGCUAGUUCAGAAGUAUCUUGCUGCAACUUGCUCACUCGUUUCGCAUUGGACUUAGGAUGAAAUUAUGAAAUAAUGCUCAACGGCUUUGCUGGUGAGUUCACUUUAUUUCAAGCUCUGACUCUAUAUGAGUGAAAAAUUCCAUUUUGCAUGCUGAUUUUGAGGAUCUGGUGAGAGAAGCUGUCUUGAUUGUUGUUCUCAGAAUCACUAUCAGAUGCAACACUGCUGAUGCUUAUCUAAAAUAGAAGAAUAAUUUACCUUGGGACUUUUGUAAGAUUCUUUGUAGUCAAUUUUUGCAUUUGAUUCUUUAAUUUCUAUGCAAUAAGUUUAGAAUAUAUUAGAAAAUGCUUUACCAAAAUAUUUAGAAACAUUCUUAACGCCUUGGCAAAUAGCUUCUAG